UCUUCUCCCAACUUUGCUUUUUAUUUAAAUUUUCAUUUAAUUUAUUUUUUGGUUAUGCUUUUGGAUCCGCCGCUAUCUUCAGCCAUUAAAGCUGGACGCAGAAACUCAGAAGGAGAAAGACGAUAAAUAUUCAUCUCUCCCUAUUCUCUGUUCACCCACCGUUCUUCUUCCUUACUCUCUCUGUUUCUUCUUCACCUCCUUUCCUUCCCUUCAUCCUCAAGCUGUUAUCCCCUGCUUACAUCUCAAGCUGAAAUCUUAUUUCCCGGGAAAGCGACACAACACACUAAUAGUAGAAACAGUUGACGGCUUGACGCUGAAGACGAUGUAUCCCCAACUUUGUUCUUAACUGAAACGUUACGAAACAGAGCAUUAUAGCGAGAAGGUAAGACAGUGAAAGCAGAGCUCAUCGCAAAGUUAGUUUCUUUCAUGGAUUCAAACACUCGCAAUCAUCUAUACGACCCAAAUCACAUAUCUUCUUCUUCCGGGUCGGGUCUUCUCCGCUUUCGAUCUGCACCCAGCUCUGUUCUCGCCGCUUUCGUAGACGACGACGACGACAAGACCGGGUUCAACUCCUCCGGCAGGUUUCUUAAUGACCUAAAUGGAUUCGAUGACAAGUCUCCUGUUUCCGCCGCUCUUCCUCCGCCGCCGCCGCCGCAGCAGCCAGAGCCGUCGAGCUUUCUGGGUUUGCCGCCGCAUUACCCUAGACAGAGCAAGGGGAUGAUGAUGACUACGAUUGGUUUGGAUCAGUAUCUGGAUUUGAAUAACCAUCACCUUAAACCAGUAGGGUCAAAUCUUCUCCGGCAAAGCAGCUCGCCCGCCGGGAUGUUCACCAACCUCUCCGGUCAAAACGGUUAUGGUUACGUUGGUGAAGAAGAGGAAGAAGAGGAGGAGAGUCCAUCUCAUUCCAACGGGUUAAGACGCCAUAGCAGUCUCUCUUCGAGGCCGCCACCUUCUUCUCUUGGAAUGCUCUCUCAGAUACCUGAAAUCGACUCUGAGAGUGUUCAGUAUAGCCAUUGGAAUGAUCCAUCCAGUUUCAUUCAUAACUUAUCAUCCUCCUCUGAGUCCUCUCUCAAAACAGAAACAGAGGACGACGGUAAACUCUUUCACGGAUCUCAUUUAAUGUCACAUCACUUGAGUCUGCCCAAGUCAUCAUCAUCAUCUACAGCCUCGGACAUGGUUUCAGUGGAUAAGUAUCUGCAGCUACAAGACUCUGUUCCUUGUAAAAUCCGAGCCAAACGUGGUUGCGCCACACAUCCUCGAAGCAUCGCUGAACGGGUAAGGAGAACGAAGAUAAGCGAACGAAUGAGGAAACUACAAGAGCUUGUUCCUAAUAUGGAUAAGCAAACAAACACGGCAGAUAUGUUGGAUUUAGCUGUGGAUUACAUCAAAGAUCUACAAAGACAGUAUAAGAUUUUAAACGAGAAUAGAGCUAACUGCAAGUGUUUGAACAAGGAGAAGUAUUUGAUAUAGCGCGCAACACGGUUGGUGUAUAUAGGAGGAUCGAAGAAAACAAAGCGGAAAGAAAAAAAGGAUAAGGAAGACACAAUGUCUUGUCUGAAUAUUUUUUAGCCUAAACAGACCAAAUUGUCCUAAGCAAAAAUGCAUAUUACUUUCAACAUAUCCUAAGCAAUAGUACUCAAAUUAUUUUUCCCUCCU